UGAAAUUGGGGGUAAACAUUUGAACUUUCUAGACAUCACUCUGUCAUUACAAGAGGACGGUAGAAUCUCCACAACAUUGUACUGUAAAGCAACAGCUACAAAUAGCCUUCUAAACUGGGAUAGUUAUCAUCCCUAUCCCUCCAAAGCGGGUAUCCCGAUUGGGCAAUAUCUGCGUUUACGUAGAAACUGCUCAACCCUCGAAGAUUUUAAGAUAAAGGCUGCUAAUUUGCGGAAAUCUUUCAAGGAUAAAGGGUACCCAAACAGAGUUCUUAAAAAGGCAUACUCAAGGGCAUUAAACUCAGACAGAGUGAAUCUUCUUGAGGACAAAAUUUUACCCUCUAGCCAUCAGAUUCGUUGUAUUGUGACACAUGAUGCAGGUUGGCACACAAUGCUGCAGAUUCUCGGCAGAUAUUGGCCGAUCCUGACAUCAGAUGUCCAUAUCAAAUCAGUCAUCUCUCCUUUUCCUUCCGUUACG